AUGUUUUCCAGGAGGUUAGCAACCGCCGCGCGUGUCGUGCAGCUGCGCAGGCCGCUGCAACCCAUGCGCGGCAUGCCUCUGCCCGCCCUCAUGAACCAAGUGCGAACCUAUGCCGACACCAUCGUCAAAGUCCCGCAAAUGGCCGAGUCGAUCUCUGAGGGCACCCUGAAGCAAUGGAACAAGCAGGUUGGCGACUAUGUCGAGCAGGAUGAAGAGAUUGCCACCAUUGAAACUGACAAGAUCGAUGUCGCCGUCAACGCCCCUGAGGCCGGUACCAUCAAGGAGCUCCUCGCUAGUGAGGAGGACACCGUUACCGUCGGCCAAGAUAUCGCCAAGAUCGAAGCUGGCGGCGCACCUCCAGAGGGUGGCAACAAGGCGUCCAAGCAAGAGGAGGCUUCUACCGAUGCUAAGCCUGCCGAGCCCAAGGAAGAGAAGAAGACCGAACCCAAGCAGGAGUCAAAACCAGAGUCCAAGCCCGAACCUUCGAAGCCUGCCUCCAAGCCGGAGCCCAAGAAGGAGACAUCUUCGCAGUCCGCCAAGGAGACCUCUGGACCCGUCCUGGGUAGCCGAGAGGAACGUCGUGUCAAGAUGAACCGCAUGCGUCUCCGAAUUGCCGAGCGCCUCAAGCAGUCUCAGAACACGGCCGCCUCUCUGACCACCUUCAACGAGGUCGACAUGUCCUCGCUGAUGGAAUUCCGCAAGCUCUACAAGGAUGAUGUUCUGAAGAAGACUGGCGUCAAACUGGGCUUCAUGAGUGCAUUCGCCCGUGCCUCUGUCCUGGCCAUGCGUGAUAUUCCCGUUGUCAACGCCUCGAUUGAGGGUGAGAAUGGUGGCGACACCAUUGUUUACAGGGACUACGUUGACCUGAGUGUCGCCGUUGCCACUGAGAAGGGUCUUGUCACCCCCAUUGUCCGCAACGUCGAGGGCAUGGACUUGGUUUCCAUCGAGAAGUCCAUCGCCGAUCUUGGCAAGAAGGCUCGUGACGGCAAGCUCACCAUUGAGGAUAUGGCUGGUGGUACUUUCACCAUCAGCAACGGAGGCGUUUUCGGUUCGCUCAUGGGCACCCCCAUUAUCAACCUGCCUCAGAGUGCUGUGCUCGGUCUUCACGCCAUCAAGGACAAGCCCGUUGCAGUGAAUGGCAAGAUUGAGAUCCGCCCCAUGAUGUACCUUGCAUUGACCUACGACCACCGUCUGCUGGACGGACGGGAAGCUGUGCAGUUCCUGGUCAAGAUCAAGGAGUACAUUGAGGAUCCCAGACGUAUGCUGUUGUAA